AUGGCAUCACCCAAGAAACCGCCGGCAGAAACCGAGCGCGUACCGUCUGCGACCCUACAUCAACCAGCUUCGCCACGCUUCCCUUCCGGGACACCCAUCUCUGGGGCCAAUCGCAAAAUCGCGAUCGCCGUCGAUCUUAGUGACGAAAGUGCCUUCGCCGUCAAGUGGGCCGUUCAGAAUUAUCUCCGCCCUGGAGACUCUGUUUUUCUCCUUCACGUUCGAGCCACAUCCGUCCUGUAUGGUGCCGAUUGGGGUGCCAUUGAUCUUUCUGUCGACAUCACCACAGCUAUGGAUGAAAAGUCCCAGCAGAAACUGGAGGAUGAAUUUGAUAAUUUUACUACCUCUAAGGUGAAUGAUUUGGUGCAGCCUCUGGUGGAGGCCAAUAUUCCGUUCAAGAUUCACAUAGUGAAGGACCACGACAUGAAGGAAAGGCUUUGCCUGGAGGUGGAGAGGUUGGGAUUGUGUGCAGUGAUCAUGGGGAGCCGGGGUUUUGGGGCUACCAGGAGGCACACCAAAGGGAGGCUUGGGAGUGUCAGUGAUUACUGUGUGCAUCAUUGCGUAUGCCCUGUGGUCGUGGUGAGGUGUCCGGACGAGAAAGAUGGAGGCUCUGCUGAUGCUGGUAGUGACAGUGAGGGUUCAACUAAGGCAAGAAAGGAUGUUGAGGGGCUUCAUCCAGUGCCAGAGGAGGAGCCUUUGUAUCAUGAUGCUUUGGACAAGACUACAGAUGUUGAUAAGGCUUCUUGA